AGAGUUAUUUUAGGGUAAUUUGCUGUUAUAAGUCCGUCGUAUAGAUGCGACUUGUAUCAGUGUUGUAUGCCCUCUUGGCCUGUAGACUUGUCCUAUCCGGAAAUGGCGAUAAUGAGGGAGGACUGAGGGGAAGUGCCGGAAAUUUUGCAGAAUCAAACUUUGAGAGGCCAAAUGUGCCACCAAAAUAUUUUGCAAUUGACCAUGAUGAGACCUUCCAUACGUGUAAUGGAGAAGCAUGGGCAAGGAACAUAAAUGCUUUCACAAAGGCUAGAAAGAUGGGUUAUACGUUGUUUUUCUGUACAGGAAGAUCCAUUGAUUCGACGUUCAGAAUCGCUGGGGACGAGUUCAAGGCAAAGACCGGAUAUAAUGGUUACCCUGGUAUUUACAACAAUGGUGCCAUGGUAUACAACGAACAUGGUGAUGUUAUCUAUUCCAAAUCGUUUUCAAGGGAUCUCAUUAAAAAUGCGUGUGAAUCUGUUUUAAAUGGAUCUACCGAUCGUUUCAUAUUUUACACUCACGAUGGGUACUAUUCGCCUAGUGAAAUGGAUACGCAUGACCUAAAAGAUUUUGUGGAGAAAAGAGGCCUUCCGACACCUCAAGUAAAGACCCCAGAGGAAAUAUCAUCAUUGCAAAUUCUGAAAAUCACACAAAUUUCCAAAGAAGCCAACUUUCCAGGUUUUGAGCAAGGGAAGGACUAUAUCGCCAAGAUCGAUCUUCCCGGAUCCUGGGACAUUAUUCCACCAGGAAUCAGUAAGGCCACCGGUAUAAAAGAGCUUAUGAAACACUAUGACAUUUCUCCAGAGGAAUGCGCAUUUAUAGGUAAUGGUGAUAAUGAUGUUGAGGCAAUGAAGCUUUCUAACCUCUCAUUUGCAGUUGGAAACGCCUACAAUCACGUGAAGAAGGCUGCAAAGUGGGUAAUGGAGAAGACUUGUGAUGAAGGAGCAGUUUCAAAGGCUCUUGAACUCACAUAUGGAUUUACUGUAGAAUAG